CAAAAUAUUAUGAUGGUGAUUUGAAUCAAUUCUUAAUUAGGACAUGGUAAUUUGUUCCUUACAGUGAUUUUUACAGGUCAUUCUUGGCUUUAACACAGCAGCUACUUGUUACAGUUUGACGCAAGCGCACAAAAAAAAGUUCUUUAGACGUCUAAGGCAAACAUAGAACCAUAGGGGGCUUUGUGUUUCAUUACUUUUUUUUAGAGAACGCUAGUAUUUUCAGAAUUAUGUACUAUAUCAUACGUAUAUGGAUUUUACCUGCAUUUGUUUGCUGUGUACAUGCAUCAGGGCAGUUAUGCUCUGAAGAUAAUGUUCAAACUGUCGGUAGAGUUGUCUUUGGUGAGGCGAGAGGAGAACCGCGGGAAGGACAAAUAGCGGUGGCCUACAGCAUUGUCAACAGAAUAAAGCACGAGGGGUAUCCGAAUAGUCUCACUGCGGUAGUGAAUCAAACAACAGAAACCGGCGGUUACCAAUACCACACUCUGGAUCUGGAAUCUCAUACUCAAGCUUGGAAUGAAGCAAAGGUUGAACAAACUCUCGAAUACAAUAACACCAUCGAGGCCUCUCGGGACGUACUCUGUGUUGGAGUGAAGGAUCCGACAACAUGCGCAACGGAUUUCUGCGCACUUGAUCCCUGUCCUGCAACUGCUUCCAAUCCAUGGUGGACUACCAUCAACAAAAUUAAAAUUGGAAACCAUUACUUUGUUUGCAAAGUUCCAGCCUAAACCUUGCCUAUAUUUCAUUGUGUUAAAUCUGAUAAUAAUCUUAAAAUAAAUUGAUAU